AUGGAAACUAGCAUAUCUGAAUCGUUUAGGGACGGGACCGUAUUUGUCACUGGAAGUACAGGGUUUUUGGGGAAAAUACUCACCGAAAAAUUACUCAGAUCUUGUUCAUUAAAAAAAAUUGCACUUCUUGUAAGAAGUAAGAAAGGAAUCGAUCCAAGUCAAAGGGUUGCAAAUAUCUACAAUGAAUCUAUGUUUGACCGUCUUCGAGUUGAAAAGCCCGAUUUCAAGACUAAGAUAAAAAUGAUUGAUGGUGAUUUGGAACAACCCUCACUUGGUUUAUCACCAAAGGAUCGUGAAUGGUUGACAGAGAAUGUGAAUUUCGUUUUUCACUGUGCUGCAACAAUCAAAUUCAAUGAAAAUCUUCAGAUAGCAACAAGAAUAAACAUACAGGGGACAGAUAAUAUUUUAACACUCGCAACGAUGAUGAAAAAUCUUAAGGGUCUUGUACACGUAUCGACCGCUUAUUCACAUUGUCCGAGGAAUGAAAUUAAGGAACAAUUCUAUCCCACUCCAAUUACGGCCAAGGAACUGAAAAAUAUGUCCAAAGACGAAAUUUCAUGUCCAAAUAUCUUAAAAAAUUGGCCCAAUACAUACACGUUUACUAAAGCAAUCGCAGAAAAUUUGAUGUCCAGCAAUGACAAUCAAUUGCCAAUUUCAAUAUUUCGUCCAUCGAUUAUUGGAUGCACAAAGUUAGAACCUAAUCCCGGUUGGUUGGAUAAUAUUAAUGGACCAUCUGGUAUAGUUACUGGAUUCAUAGCUGGAUUUUUAAGAACGAUACAGCUUGACAAAAAUAAAAUAGCUGAUAUUAUUCCAGUUGAUUAUACAGUAAACGCAUUGAUCAGUGUUAUGUGGGAUACAGUUAACAGACAUCGACAUUCCAAUCAAAUAAAUAAUGCACCAAAAAUAUAUAAUUACGUUUCUAGUGCUGAAAGCCCGUUGACAUGGGGUAAAUAUAUUAGAGGAAUGCACGAAAAUUAUUUUGACAUUCCUCCGUUGAGAUCGAUGUGGUAUAUAUUUUAUAUUUUCCAUACCAAUUCAUUAGUUGGCACAGUUUUGAGAUUUUGGCUACAUACGAUACCUGCUACAUUUAUGGAUUUGUUAUUAAUUAUAAGUGGUAAAUCUCCCAAAAUGCUUAAAACGUAUUCAAAAACUGAAAUUGCGUUGGAUUUGCUUCGUGAAUUUACUACUAGACAGUGGUCAUUUGACAAUAAAAAUACUGUAGAACUGUGGUUAUCACUAAGUAAAGAAGAUCAGAAGACGUUUUGGUUCAGCUUCGAAGAUUUUGACUGGAACAGCUAUAUAAAUAUCUAUUAUUUGGGGAUCAGGAAACAUAUACUUCACGAAGACCUGAGUAAUACAGAAAAGGCUGUAACAAAAAAUCGAAAAUUAUUCUGGUUGCAUCAUUUAUGCAUUGUUUUUAUUAUUUAUCUUCUACUACAAUUUUUGUAUUGGAUGUUUAUAAUAUAA